AUGGCCACAGUGGAGAUUUGCACUGCUGACCUCAUCAAUUGGACGUCGGAUAGGCUGUCACGAGAAACGUGCGUGCGUGCUUCAGCUUCCGCCGUAUUCGACAGUGUUCAAAGCGUGCGCGACGUCUGCCACGAAAGAGGCAGAUCGCAGUCGUCACGACCGAAACAGUAG